GAGACGGUCAGAGACCGCGGACGUGGUACAGGAGACGGUCAGAGACCGCGGACGUGGUACAGGAGACGGUCAGAGACCGCGGACGUGGUACAGGAGACGGUCAGAGACCGCGGACGUGGUACAGGAGACGGUCAGAGACCGCGGACGUGGUACAGGAGACGGUCAGAGACCGCGGACGUGGUACAGGAGACGGUCAGAGACCGCGGACGUGGUACAGGAGACGGUCAGAGACUGCAGACAGUGCAGGAGAUGACCAGAGACUGCGGACACAGUGCAGGAGAUGACCAGAGACUGCGGACACAGUGCAGGAGAUGACCAGAGACUGCGGACACAGUGCAGGAGAUGACCAGAGACUGCGGACACAGUGCAGGAGAUGACCAGAGACUGCGGACACAGUGCAGGAGAUGACCAGAGACUGCGGACACAGUGCAGGAGAUGACCAGAGACUGCGGACACAGUGCAGG